GAAGAAGACAGUUACAUAUCUCUUUGCAAUCUCCGAUAAAUCGAGACCUUAGAAUUUUUUCGUAGGACUAAAAGAGUACACAACGAUGUCUUACGUGUGAGUGUGACGACCUUAUUUUUCUUGUUUGUGUUUGCGAUAAUCGCAAGUAUUUAAGCUUGACGAAAGAAUAGAAAAUUUUGUCGGAAAUAAAUGGAAAUGCAACACUAAGAAUCAGUGUCAAAUAUUUUCCGUCCAAAUGCAUGUGAUUCAAAAGUUUAUCGGCUCUGUCUGAAACUAUCCACCAUUCUUGCCAUUGGCUUCUGAAUCAUUUGCACUUCACGCAUGCGCGUAAAUCGAUAAAAAGAAAAAAAAAACAGGAGGCUAAUUCGAAUAAUCAUUCGAACAGUGCAUUAUUAUGCCAUUUUGAUAAAAAUAAACAAUAAUCAAAAAGAACUAUCCGAAUUGAAAAAAUGAAUAGUUUCAAGCGGAACAAAAGCAAGAAUACAUUGAAAACAAACAAAUCCGAUUUAAUUGGAGAAAAAAAGAAAAGUGCACGUAGACUUCUAACAAAAUCACAUGAAACAGAAGAAGAAGCUGUAAUUCGAAGAUUUCAUGAUGCACAGAGAAUGGCAAGAUUUAGAGCCAAAAAGAAAAAGGCCUUAGAGGAGGAAAAGGUGCUCGAAACUUUAAGUUUCAAUAAACUUUCUGUAAUUGCAAAAUUACAAAGAAGAAAUAUUACAUUUGAAACCACUAAUUCCAUUGUUAGAGUAUCGAAUACAGAACAAUUUCAACCAUGCUUGCCUAUGCAGAGAGCAUCAAUUGUUGUGCAUACAUCUUACGGGCAAGAUAAUUAUUCUCAGUUAUCAGCAAUCAUCGAGGAACUAGGAAAAGAUGUUAGAUUAGCAUACGCUGGUAGUAAAACUUCAGCUGAAAGGUUGAAAGUAGGCAUUCUGCGAGCAAGAAUGUUGAUCAAAGAGUGCUUAUCAGAGACAGAAAUUAAUUUGCAACGUUAGUAGCUUGUCAACAAAUAUAUAUAUAUAUAUAUAAUUUUUACUAAAUAGGUAACUUAUUUUCAUGAUAGCUAUGAAACUAUGUCAAAUUUUUAAUACUAAUUCUACAUAGAAAAAAUAUGAAUUAUAUCAAAACAUCAGCUUUGGUAUAAAAAGAUAUAACAAUUGCAAAGAAUACAUUUAUUAAUUUCACUUGUACGAAUUGAUAGUAUAGAGCACUAUCAGAAGAUACGCAAACACAAAUAGUAAAACAAAUUUAUGAAUAUAAUAACAGUAAUACUCCAUACAAAAAUACGUAACCGACAAAUACUUUAAAUAAAAGAAAUGGUAAAUAUAUCUCUAGAAAAAUUUUAAUAAAAC